AUGACCCUGCAACGCACCAAGCCCGCGGGGCACUGGAAGAUUGUGGUGUGGGACCAGGAGGGCUUCCAGGGCCAGCGGCAGGAGUUGGCCGCCCAGUGCCCCGGCGUGCUGGAGCUGGGCUUUGAGACCCUGCGGUCUCUCAAAGUGCUGAGUGGAGCGUGGGUGGGCUUUGAGCGCCCCGGCUUCCAAGGGCAGCAGUACGUGCUGGAGCGGGGCGAGUACCCCUGCUGGGGCGCCUGGAGCGGCAACACGGCCUAUCCCGCUGAGAGGCUCACCUCCUUCCGGCCUGUGGCCUGUGCUAACCACCGGGACUCGAGGCUGACCAUCUUUGAGCAAGAGAACUUCCUGGGCAGGAAAGGAGAGCUGAGUGAUGGCUAUCCCUCCCUCCAGGCCCUGGGAUGGGAUGGCAAAGAAGUGGGCUCCUUCCACGUCAGUGCAUCCCAACCUCUCUGGGUCUGUUGCCAGUUCCCCGGCUACCGUUUCCGAGAGUGGGGCCCUCAUGCCCAGACCCCCCAGGUGCAGAGUGUCCGCAGGAUCCAGCAGUGAGCAGGGCCCCCCCCUCUCCGCUGAGCAGGGGGACCCACGCUGAGCAGGAGCGUUGGGGGGCCCCGCGCUUGUCUGGACCAGAGGCGCCUGGAAGCUGUCACCUGCUCUUUUCUCCGCCCCAGCCCCGUGACCCCGAGUGAA